CACACGACUCAGUUGUUCGUAGAAUUUUCAGCAAUAAAGAAACUCAUUUUUUUGGUACAGAAUGUCCACUGCAGAUUCUCAAAUUCCACUCUGGAUGAAUGAUAAGUUCAUCAUGUCAGCAAUUUGUCACUACGAAAAUAAUCCGCAAGCCAAAGUUCUUCAAUACUCGAUUGAGCCAGCGAAAAAGUCGGGCGGAAAUCAAGGCGGAAGUGCCGUUUACCGUGCAUCAAUUAUUUACUGUUCCAACUCAAUUAUUGACAAAAUUUUUACAAUUAUUAAAACUCAGCCAGUUGUUGAAAAUGCUGAAAAGUUUGAAGACGAGACAGCCUUUAAUGUGGAAACGUCAAUGUACAAAAUUUUAUCGAAAAUUCAGCUUUUAAUGCAGUCGAUUGGCGAUAGCGAUGUUUUAUGUCCAAGGUUAAUCUUCCAGUCAAUGGAACCUCAACCAGUCAUUUUUCUAGAAGACGUCCAUAUGAAUGCUUUUGACUUUAUGAUUGACACGAUUCCUGAAGAUUUUGAAUUUUCUAAAAUGAUUGCGAGAAGGCUUGGCAAGUUUCAUGCUGGAAGUUACUAUUUGAACAAGAUUAAGCAAUUCAAUCCAGCCUAUUUCACAUUCUCAAUCUACGAGGACUACCAAUGCAUCAACAUGCUGUUUGAUAAGCCACUAAGGAUAUUCAUAGAAGUACUGUCAACUUGGAAGGGAUAUGAAAAAUAUGUUGAACCUCUGAGAGCUUUUAGGAAGAAUUUUGCAAGCCUCGGACUCAAAUCAUACAAACCACAUAAAGGAUCAACAACAAUCAAUGUCCUGAACCAUGGAGACUUUCAUUCUAGGAAUGUAUUGUUCAAAAGAGACUUGGAUGGGACAUUGAGUGACAUGAUUAUGCUUGACUUCCAAACCUGCGUCUUUGCCACUCCAGCAAUUGAUCUGACAUACGCACUAUACAAUUUCGUCUCAGACUCAAACCGUAACAAGCACCGCGACGAAUUUAUCGCAAUUUAUCAUCAACAAUUUGUUGAAACUUUAAAGCAGCUUGGCUACCAAAAACACAUCCCAACUUUAAUGGAUCUUCAAAUUGAAAUGCUCAAAAAUGGAAAUUUGCAAGUCAUCACAGCAAUUUGCCUUAAAUAUUUGAGUUAUUUUGAUUAUAACACACUCGAGCCUGAAGAUUUGACAAACGGAAUGAGAUCAAUUAAGAUUAAGGCUUUUAAUUCUAAUGGAUUUAAGAAAAUGAUUGAGCAAGAGUUGCCGAGGUUCCUAUAUAGUGGAAUUAUUUGAUAUUUUUUUGAGGUUAUGUGUGAUUUAAUAGAUUAACAUUAUGUAAAAUUAAGUAAAUAAAUAGAAAUUUAA